CCCGACGCAGUCGCGCGCCGACACGCGGAGAGGGUAAUAAUAGCCGACAACUUAAAUGUGCAACGCAUCCAAUUGAUAAAAUAAAUAAAUAAAUUGAAUUGGUGCGCGAAUUAAUGCUGAUUUCCGAAGGUUAACAUCAAAUAAUAACAAUAAUAAAAUUCCCAGCGCACACGUAUCGCUAAUAUCCAGAUACGAUGGGACUGGUCGCACUUCAUUCUGUGAGCCUUGGUCGUGUGAAUAUCGGCGAAGUGUUUCUCUGAUAGAGUGACAAAGAUCGUCCGCCAGAGGAGUACAGUACAAGAACAGUUACCAAGUAGUUACCAUACUAAAAUACCAUUCCUAUUAUUUCGUAAUUUUUUGGUAGUUUUUGGAUUUUUUAAAAAUAUUUCUUAACGUGUUGUAAACAAAAAUCAUUGUGUUUAUCAUGGCUACCGAAGAGGACCGAUCACUGCAUUCCAGCAUGUCGUUGCCGAUGUGGAUGAGGGGCCGGGGGCGAAUGCACACAAAAUUAGACUUUGAUCAGAGCACAUUUUCACCACCGGAGAACGACGAUAACUUCCUGUAUAUUCGUUAUCCUGUGAAACAACCUCCACCUCAGCAAGACACGCAGACUAUCCUGGUAAACGAUCAGGGUGGUAUUAAACUCGACAUUUCCAAACAUACAGAGCCUUGUAAAGAUUAUAUUCUUGGAAAAACAAAUCCGUCAAAAGCUCAGGUUGUGAACGGUAACGGCCAGCUGAAGUCAGCUGGAACCGAUGACGGCUUCAAGAGCCCUGAGGCAUCAGCGUGUGGCACGUCAGUGAUCAGGGUGGCGUCCCAAAUGGUCUCCGGAAAGGUGGUGAAGGGUUUUGAGACCUUCGAAGAUGAAGAAAAGGAACACAUGCGCGCGAUAGGCUUCGAUCCGCAUUUGAGACGCGGAAGUCGAUCGUUGCCUGCGUCCCCAUUGCAGUCUCCGAAUUCGUCACCUAAAAGCAAACGCAAGCAUGGUAAUAAGUACUUCACCAAUUCACCAGCCACUGCAGGCGCGUAUGCUGACGAUAAGAAACCCGGCAGUAUACUUGCUGGUCUACUAGCAAAGCGGGACAUGUCACGAUCUGUGACUUCCAUCGCCGAGGAGCAGCAGACUGUUGCGGAUGCAGGUCUACGACUUUCGUUCCUGCAAGCUGGUGAUACUUCCGCAGCGGGCGAAAAGAAGUCGACGGCGAAGGCCAAGCCGUCACAUCUGCGUGAGAUGAACUUCUGGUCGCCAACGUCGAUGUAAAACAUCAAUACUCUUUACUUGCACUUUCUAUCGAGGUGUUGAUUGAUUUUCUUUUCUCUUAACAAGUUUAUACUCUACUAUAUAACGUGUUCUUCAUUCGGACGAAGGACUUUACCUCUUAGACGAAGGAGCGCUGCAGAUGCCUUCAUCGACUUGUUACCUACAUGAAACUGUUUAUCUCUCGGGUCCAUUGUUGAUGAUAUUCUUUGUUUUUUAAAUCGAAAAUCGCGGCUGUUUUUUUUUGUAACAAAUCAAAUCUGGAUGGUCGAGGAUUAUUUAAGUAACUUAUUUUUGAGAUUGCGGGCUAUGACAACACAUGUAGAGGCGGCAAGUGCGGCGGAGGAGAUAACAAAGAGCAAUAUGCAAACGAUAGGUAUGAAUAAUGUAAUUUAAGACGAUGUUGUCGGACAUGAGAUGGAAUACUUAUCGGAUGUUUUGUAUGUUUACUCUGUUAUAAACUAUACUAGACUUAUUUCCGAAUCAAAAUUAUUUUGUAGAAUAUAAGGAAAAUUACGAA